CGCCAGAUAGCGAAGCAGCGAACGGUACCUCUCGAUUUCCCAAUACCAACUAAUUUUCUUUCGCCGGCGCCGCCGCCUUCUCCUCCUCCUCCGCCGCCGCCGCCGCCGCGAAUGUUGUCCGCCGCGCGAUCCGGGGCCUUGGCCCGAUGGCUACCCCGGGAGACCCUCCUCCCUCGCCUCCUCUCCUCCUCCGCCGGCUCCCCGCCGGUGCGGCAGGCGCAGCUGCUAGACCUCCCGGAGGUGGAGAAGGUGCUGCGCGACGUGCGGGCGGGGGACGUACGCGUCUUCCCCGUCGGCGAGGGCGGGCUGCACGGCGGCUCCUGCGCCAACUACAUGGUCGUCGCCACCGGCCGCUCCGACUGGCAUGUCCGCAACAUCGCCCAGGCUCUUCUCUACAAGAUAAAACAGAAGCAGAAGGGUUCUGAUAGAAUAUUAAUGCCAAGUGUUGAAGGCCAGCAAGCUGGAAAGUGGAUCGUCAUUGAUUCUGGAAGUAUCGUCAUCCAUGCGCUUGAAGAGAGAGCAAGAGAAUAUUAUGAUUUGGAAAGCAUUUGGACAAAAGAAGUGUCUCCAAACAUUUCCGUUCAGAAUCCUUUGCAGGAGUUGGAAACUUCACUUGUAAAGACACGCCGCAGGGACCACUCGCAGAAACCCAUGAAGAGCAUUUGAGUACAAUGCGCUAGUUCCAUGAUCCAUGAUCUGAGUGUUGGAAUCCCUUAGAAUCUCUUAGAUUUGUUUUUCCUCUCUGCUGAUCAUAAUGUUUUGUGGAAUGACCCGCACUACUGGCCAUCCUUAUGUAAAAGAUGCACUUACAAUUUGUCUAUGGUUUAUUCCAGCUCUACAGAAAUGGAAGAGUGGUGUCAAGCAUGUAUUGCAUCCACGAAUGAAUUUUGAGGGUGUAUAAUUUGCUUCUGAAUGAGAUCACAAGGAUUCAGGAAAGCCUGAUUUCUGUGGGCCUCUGCUUGUCCAUGUUCUGUAGUUUGUUUUCUUUUGUUGACAAUAUGUUAUGUAAUUUCCUUCACUGCUUUCAAGCUCAAGCGAAGAUAGUAAAUGGUUUUUGAUUUUAGAAGGUUCAACUUCAUGCUCUCGGUACGGUGGUUAAGAGUUGCUCUCGUAAUGCAGAAAACAUGACCUGGCAGAAGUUGCGGCUUCGUAAUUCUGUUUAGAACCAGACAUUUGUAUGAACAAAAUGCAUAACUGCAUAAUCUAUUAAGCAUAAGUAACCGUAAAAAUGUGAAAAAUAGAGACAAGUGAGCAUGAUGGAAUGAGUGGCUUUUGAACAAUAAUACCAGUAACAUCAUUUGGUGUGAAUGUAAGUGCGACCGAUGGAUGUGAGCUCAAGAUGAUGAAAUGUAAC